AUGGCUGUGCUGGGAAAGAUUGUUGAGGUGGAUACCACAGCUGAUCUUGUCGAGCGUUUUGUUGAGGCAUUACCAGUGAAAUUUGUUGUUGUUGCUGAGGGAAGUCUGUUGUUACUGGCUGUUGCUGUUGAGGACGAACUGGUUCUGGAUAAGGUACAUACCAGUUUUUUGAAUUCAUUUGUGUAUCAUAAUUCUGUUGAUGAUUAUAUGAAUUCUGAUUAUAAUUAUUCGGAUAUUGUUCACGACGCUGAUUAUUAUUAUUAUAAUAAAUUUCUAAUUUGGGACUGGUAA